UAUUUUAUAUUUAUGGUUUUGUCUGAUUUGUUUUGGCAGCGCAUAUCCGGGUGCUUGUGUACAGUGAACAUGAACUGAUGCAAGCUGCUAGACAACUUACAGCCUUUCUACUUUGCAUGAUUCUAAUGAGAAAGAGAACCAUGGAAGCUAUGAAGGGCUUUGAUAUCGACGCCCCACGCUGGGAUCAAUCCACGUUCAUGGGCCGUCUCAAACACUUUUUCAACAUCACUGACUGGCGCACUGUUGUGCUACCUGACUCCAGACUAGAUGAAGCCAAAGUGUUAGUGGAGAGCUGCAGAGCUGGCUCUAUUCCUCCAGGCACAACCGAGGAGCAGCUACACUAUGCCAAGAAGCUGUAUGACUCGGCAUUUCACCCAGACACGGGUGACAGGAUGAACCUAAUAGGGAGAAUGUCAUUUCAGGUGCCUGGGGGUAUGGCCAUCACAGGGUUCAUGCUUCAGUUUUACAGGACAGUUCCUGCUGUAGUGUUCUGGCAGUGGGUUAACCAGUCUUUCAACGCUCUGGUCAACUACACCAAUCGCAAUGCUGCCUCCCCCAUCACACAAAAGCAGAUUGGAAUAGCUUAUGUGACGGCAACAAGCACAGCGCUGGCCACUGCAGUGGGGCUGAACCUCUACACAAAGAAAGCUCCUCCACUGGUGGCCCGCUGGGUGCCGUUCGCUGCCGUUGCCGCUGCUAACUGUGUGAACAUUCCAAUGAUGAGACAACAGGAGAUUUUGAACGGCAUUGCUGUGACCGAUGAAGAUGGGAAUAAACUGGGCCACUCAAGGAAAGCAGCUGUCAAGGGCAUCACACAGGUGGUCAUCUCUCGAGUUACCAUGGCAGCUCCAGGCAUGAUCAUACUCCCCAUUAUUAUGCAGAGGCUGGAAAAAUACAGAUUCAUGCAGAAAAUCACAUUUCUUCAUGGGCCACUGCAAGUCAUGAUGGUUGGCGUAUUUCUGAUCUUCAUGGUGCCUGCAGCGUGUUCACUGUUUCCUCAGAGAUGUUCUAUGGCUGUUACCAAGCUGGAACCUGAGCUCAGAGAGUCCAUCAUUUCUCAAUACGGGGACCGUGUCAGUUACGUCUACUUCAACAAGGGCCUGUGAGUGCCAGCCAAUCACACUGUCCUAUCCAGACUGGAUGCAUGAGCCAUCACCCAAUCAGAAGCUCUUUUUUUUUUUUUUUGCUAAAGAAGUUGCUAAAAAGAAGCUUUUUGAAUUGAGGUUUUGUUUCAUGACACAAAGUAAUGCACUAAAGCAUAAUUUAUGGACAGUUUUUGAACAUUUGGCCCUGACUGCUGCAAAGAAUAGGUUAGAUUUGUAUAGAUUAGUUACAGAGAGUUUAUGGACAUUGGAUAAACCUGAUUCAGUUAUCCUUUCAUCUGUUCCUGUUGUAUAUGACCUGAAU